UCCGGACGGCAGCUACACUGAAGACAACAGCGCUGAGCUUCACUUCAAGUCCCGCAGCUCCGAGUUUGAUGAUGACUUCGAUGAUGAAGAACCAUUACCGAGCAUCGGCACCUGCAAGUCCCUCUACCCGUUUCAAGGUCAGAAUGAAGGCACUCUGUCGAUGGUGGAGGGGGAACUACUUUCUGUUGUGGAAGAAGACAAAGGUGACGGCUGGACAAGAGUACGGAGGAACCUGGAGGAGGAGGGAUAUGUCCCCACCUCCUACAUCAAAGUCUUCCUGGAAAGCAGUGCCAAAGGCUUUGUGCAGAGUAGUCGGCUAGUCUAGCCAGAGAGGACGUCCCGCCACAGGAAGUGAUGUAAAGGAAAGGUAACAGCUUUUCAUUGGACAGUUAACCUCUGAGAUAUGUGAGCCAAUCAGAGGACAGACUGCUGUCAGUACCUGAUGGAGGACUGCGACAUCAGCAGGAAUUAGACAGAUCCCAGAAACAGGUCAAAGACCAGGGAUUAGACAGACCCACCUUAAUCAUUACUCAUCAUCAGCUCAGAUUUUAUAUUAGUUUGUUUAAAUGUGUAACAGAGCUGCAGGAUGUAGUACUUUUGUGUUGGUCCCUGAAGGCAGCAUCUCCCUGGUCCAAUGGGCUUUCUCCAUGUGGUUUUGGAUAAUU